AUGGCGGUCGAUGAUAGAGUUUCUCGUAAGAAGUCCCGUGUCCGAGGAUCGGGAAAACGAAAUGUUCUAGUGGAUGAUUUCUUCGUGCUAAACAAACAAUCCACUUCAGACAAACCAAGUAAGAAACGACGUCUCACGGACAGUCUUAAGUCUGCAUUGAACCAUUGGGAUAACAUCGAAAGUCUUCCCAGACUUCGAAAUCGAAAAGUUUCGGCAAUUGGAAAAGCAGAUUUGGACAAUGCUAAUUCUAAGACUACUACACCAGUACCUCAAGAUAGGGGAGAGCAAGAAGAGUCUCAACCUCAGAACAAACUGGUUCAUUCUGUGGCCCUUCACUCUGAGGAGGCUGGGGAGUUGUUAACUCCGUCUCAUUUGAUCAACCAGUCUAUCUAUGACGAAAUUGAGUACACAGGAAAUCAUAAUCAGGAUGAAAGUCUCCAGGUAACGAACAGCGAUGUUUCGGUAAGAAAAAGUGCAACUGAUAAAACAAACAGUGGACGUGGAAGACCAAAAAAGAGAGCAAGAGUCAAUGUAGGUCGUCCACGAAAAGUGGACAAGCCUAAGAACAAUUUGAAUAGCACUACUGAGGCUGCUCAGAAAGAUACAAUAGAGAACAACGAGCACGAUUCUUCAGCUGAAACGUCGUUUCGAAGAGAGAGUUUAAGAAAGACAAGGAGAAUAAGCUACAAAGAAAUGGUCAGCGACAACGAGAAAGAAGAGUCCAGUGAAGACGAGAAGAUAGAGUAUGCAUUCCGAUCGCUAGCUGCACGAACGUUGCGACAGAAGUCGAGACUCAAGCAGUUUCUUGGAGGUGUAGAUUCGCCAGAAGAAGCAGAAAUUGUAGAAGAACCACAUACAAGGAUCAGAAAAAUUCGAGAUAAUGUGAAGAAGCGACAGAAUGAGUUGAGAGAAUCGCAAGAAAGGAAUAAAGUAUCGAAUGGAAAGACAUUAAGAAAAUCAAAAUCAAGUGACAGGACAACAACAAGCGACAAUACAAAAUCAAAUGGAAAUAAGUCAAGAAAAGCAAAAUCCAAGUCUAGGGUCGAGAGCACUGAAACUGGCCCUGAGAGUAGAAUUGAAAGAGUACCAUCACGAGUGAGGGAAAGAGUAGCGCCUAUUCCGUUAUCGAGAAAGAGGCGGAACGAACGUCAGAAACCAAUGAAUAUUGAUGUUGAGAGAUUGAGAGAUGAAGAAAACAAAGACAAACGCGUCAAGAUUCACACAAUCGAUGUACUUAGACAUUUAGUCAAAGAGUACGAACCGGAAGAAACUGCCUCAGAAGUAAUUAGAGAACAAGUUGUUCAGGAAGACUUCAAGGCACAUCUUGUCCAUCAGCUAGACUAUCUUAUGGAUGUUCAUUCCGCUAUAAACGAUAUCACUACAAGAAUCAACGAGGUUCAGAAGUUGAAAAACGAAUACCGACAAAGGAUAUACACGUUGAAACAGAAUCAUGUUGAUGUGGGUACCAAAUUAAACACAUUAAGAAGUCAAUAUAAUCGAGACAAGGAUAGACAUGCCGAAGUUCAAAUGGUCGAAACCGAAAUGAAGUCGUUGCAACAGAUAGGCAAUACUACAGAGGAUGCAAAGCUGUCGUUGAGCCAACAGGUUACAGUUGCGUUGAGCCGUGCAUCGUCGAUUGUGAAUCCUUCUGCUGGAGUCCUACGUAAACUUCAGAUUGUAAACCAGAAGCUUGUUGACCUCGACAAGGAACUAUUAUAG